UGCUUCUGUCAGUUUUGUUAUAGCAGACAGUUAUGGAUCGCAUCACUUUCAAAGUUAAUGGAAUUUAUUAUUCGGUUGGUAGCGAAGUGAACACGGAUGUGACUUUGCUGGAUUACCUGCGGCGUCGGCUGCGGCUGCCAGGCACAAAGUAUAUGUGCCUGGAGGCGGGCUGCGGCGCAUGCAUCGUGACCGCCGUGCGGGGCCCGGACACGCCGCCCACCGCCGUCAAUUCGUGCAUGGUGCUGGUAACGUCGUGCCAGGGCUGGGAUAUCACGACGGUGGAAGGCACGGGCGGGCGGCUGGCGGGUUACAGCAAAGUGCAGACUACGCUUGCAGAGCACAACGGUACGCAGUGCGGCUACUGCACUCCUGGCUGGGUCAUGUCCAUGCACAGUUUGUUUUGUAGCAGAAAAAAAUUGACUAUGCUAGAAAUAGAACAGUCGUUUGGGAGCAAUGUGUGCAGAUGUACUGGAUACAGACCAAUUCUUGAUGCUUUCAAACAAUUUGCAAUAGACGCCCCUGAUUCUAAACGAAUAACAGAUAUAGAAGACUUGCAUAUAUGCCAAGAGACCAAAAAUGGAUGUAAUAAGACCGACUGCGAGGACUACGACUGGUGCGUGGUGUUGAAAGAAGAAGUUGAUAAGUCUUCUUGUAUUUACAUUAAAUUGGAAGACGGCCGCGACUGGUUCAGGGUUUAUGCUUUAAAAGAAGCACUUAAAAUUAUUUCUUGUAAAGACAAUAACUCUUAUAUACUUGUUGGUGGUAAUACAGCUAAAGGCGCAUAUCCAAUAUUCGAUUAUCCUGAAGUAUUAAUAGACAUUACUGGAAUAUCAGAAUUGAAAGGUUUUGUUUUGGAUCAAAAUCUAGUUUUGGGAGCGGGUUCGACCUUAACCGAAACUUUGGACAUCUUUAAGUUAUUGUCUAGCGAAAAAGACUAUUUCAGAUAUUUAGAAAAACUGUACGAUCACAUUCAAAUGGUGGCUCAUAAUGCUGUGAGGAAUGUAUGUAUAUGA